AUGCGACAACCGUCAAAUGUUUCUGAGCUACGAAGUUUUCUCGGGAUGAUACAUUAUUACGACAGGUUCAUUCCAAAUUUAAGUUCGAUACUUCAACCUCUGAAUAGGUUAUUACAGAAAAACGUUAAAUUUUAUUGGUCUACAGAGUGCGAAAAGAGUUUUCAAGCCGCGAAAAAAGCUUUUGCAAGUCCGAAAUGUUUAGUUCAUUUUGAUCCGAGAUUACCGAUUACUUUAGCUACAGACGCUAGCGCUUACGGAGUCGGUGCAGUUUUGUCACAUAUUUUUCCUGAUGGUUCAGAGAAAGCAAUUCAAUACGCGUCACAGACAUUAUCGAAAACGCAGCAGUCCUAUUCGCAGAUAGAUAAGGAAGCGUAUGCAAUUAUUUACGGUGUGAAGAAAUUUCACCAGUAUUUACAAGGCGCGAAAUUUACAUUGAUUACGGAUCAUAAACCGUUGACACAGAUAUUUUCUCCUACGAAAGGUUUACCAUUUUACACAGCUUCGCGUAUGCAACACUAUGCAUUAUUUUUGCAAGGGUUUAAUUAUGAUAUUAAGUACAGAAGGUCAGAACAACAUGCAAAUGCGGAUUGUUUAUCGAGAUUACCAAUUCCGCGAGGUUCAAGUUCACCAGAGCAAGAAUUUGAAUGUGAUAUAAUAGACGACUUUCAGAAAGUUACUUUCGAGACACUACCAAUUACAGCAGAACAGGUAGCGAAAUGUACAUUGCAAGAUAGAGAGUUAUCUAAACUUCUUAAUUUUCUUGAGUCAGGUAAAGGUUAUUUUAAGAAUAAUAAAUACGAUACAGUUCCGUUAGAAGAAUUUACAUUGUUACACGGAGUUAUAUUUAGAAACCAUAGAGUGGUGGUUCCAUUUCAGUUACGAAAGCAAAUACUUAGAGAAUUACACGAAGGUCAUUUCGGUAUAGUGCGAAUGAAACAUUUAGCACGAGGUUACGUGUGGUGGAAUAAAAUCGAUAAGGAUAUCGAAGAGAUUUCUAAGAAUUGCGGAAAUUGUAAUAGGUUUAAGAAUAAUCCACCAAAGAUAAGUCAUAUUUGGGAACCAACCGAAUCUCCAUUUGAGAGAGUACAUGCGGAUUUCGCAGGUCCAUUCCUAGGUCACAAUUUUUUAAUUUUAGUCGAUGCUCAUACUAAGUGGCCGGAAAUACAUAUUGUGAAAAACAUUACGUCGCAAACUACAAUAAAUAUUUGCAGACAAUAUUUUUGUACUUACGGUUUACCAAGAUAUUUUGUCACGGAUAAUGGUAGAAGUUUUACGUCUAAUGAAUUUACGAAUUUCUUAAAGGUUAAUGGAAUUAUACAUAAACGUACAGCACCAUUUCAUCCAGCAACUAACGGUCAAGCGGAACGUUAUGUUCAGACGUUAAAGAAUGCAUUAAAGCGUAUGCAGAGUAAUCAUACAAAUGUACACGUAGAUUUACAGAAAUUAUUAUUACAGUACAGAAAUACACCACAUGCGGGUACGGGCAAAACACCUGCAGAAAUGUUAUUUGCGAGAAAAAUCAGAACACGAUUAGAUUUGUUACGUCCAUUUGAAAGUAAAUUCCAAGCGCAGAAUACACCAAUUAAUUUUACGGAGGGAGAAAGAGUGAGUGCCAGGAAUUACAGUGGUACAGACAAGUGGUUAUUUGGUAGAAUUUGCGAGCGUUUAGGUACAUUACAUUAUAAGAUACGUUUAGAUGACGGACGCGAGUGGAAACGUCACGUUAAUCAAUUAAGGAAAAUAGGUGAAUAUACGCCUAGCAGUCUAGAAGACUAUAUUACAUUAGAUUACGCUCCACCAGAAAUUGUACGCGGAAACACAAGUGAUUGUGAGGAACGCGGAAGUUCCAGGGAUAACGUACGCGGAAAUUCAAAUGAUACAAAUGUGCGUGAUAGCUCAAGCGAGAGCAAUAGUUCUACGUUAAGGAAUAGUCCGACUAGUUCAGAUAUUACAGUUAGGAAUGCGAGUGAGAGUUCCGUUACAACUCCACCAGCACCGCCGUAUUCACCGUUGUCUCAGGAUGGCAACAAUACAUUGUAUUCAACUCCUACAAGUUCCUUCCAGGCCAGUACACCUGUACAUACACCUCCGUUGAAACCUCCGUUGUUACAGAUUCCAGAAAACCUCACUCUCAAGAGACCUCAACGAGUAGGUAGGAUACCUGAGCGUCUCAAAGAUUGCGUUAUGCCCAAGAGAAUGAAGUAGUAGGAUAUUUCAUUAAGUGAGGGGAGUGUUGGGGUAGUUUGUAUUACGCGCGUAGCAGAGACGGCG